AUGGCCGCGUCCGCCGUUGCCGCGAGUUCCCUGAGCGCCUCCCACAGCGCAUCCUUCGUUGUCGCCUCGACGCUCGGAUCGGAGGUGCACUCGUCAUCACCGCUGAAACGCCACGUGUCCUCCAUUCCCGGAGUCCGUAGACGAAACGCGGCUCUCGCGAUUCGUGCUCAGAUCAAUGGUGAAGACUGGCCAAGACACGCAGCGCAAUCCGGAGCGAAGCUGCUCGCAGCGGCGGCGAUCGCGGGCUCUCUCGCGCUCGGCGCCGUCGGGCUGCCGCCAGACGCGGCGCAAGCGGCGCUGAACCGCUUCGAGGCGGAGACGCGCGGCGAGUUCGGCAUCGGCUCCGCCGCUCAAUACGGCUCCGCGGACCUAAGGAAGACGGUGCACCGCAACGAGAACUUCCGGCGCGCCAACUUCACGUCGGCGGACAUGCGCGAGGCGGACUUCAGCGGAAGCGUGUUCGCGGGGGGGUACCUUGAGAAAGCCGUUGCUUACCGCACCAACUUCGAGGGAGCGGAUUUCACAGAUGCGCUCAUGGAUAGAAUGGUGCUGAACGAGGCGAAUCUGACAGACGCAGUGCUGCUGCGCGUGGUGCUCACUCGCUCCGACCUGGGAGGGGCCAUCGUGGACGGCGCUGACUUCAGUGACGCCAUUCUCGACCUGCCGCAGAAACAGGAUGCACUGUGCAAGAACACCAGAUCUACUCUACGUCAUUACCCGAUCCCCGCCUAUUAA